AGAGCAGACAGAGAGCGGGCGGGAGGCGAGGCCAUGCACGGCCACCUGUGGCUGGGCCUGGCGUGCCUGCUGCUGGCACAGGCACCCCGCGCCGCCGGGACAUCAAGUGGUGCGCGGAGACCACGCAGCUAUCCACACCUGGAGGGCGACGUGCGCUGGCGGCGCCUCUUCUCCUCCACACACUUCUUUCUGCGGGUGGACCACAGUGGCCGCGUGCAGGGCACCCGCUGGCGCCACAGCGCUGACAGUAUUAUUGAGAUCCGCUCCAUCCGUGUGGGCGUCGUGGCCCUCAAGGCCAUGCACACCGGCUUCUUCGUAGCCAUGAGCCGCCGGGGCCGCCUCUACGGGUCGCGGGUCUAUACUGUGCACUGCAGGUUCCGGGAGCGCAUUGAGGAAAACGGCUACAACACCUACACUUCGCUCCACUGGCGUCAUCACGGCAGGCCCAUGUUCCUGGCGCUGGACCGGCGAGGAGUCCCGCGGCGCGGCAGCCAGACCCGGCAGCAACACCUGUCCACCCACUUCCUGCCCGUCCUAGUCUCCUGAGGCCCCAAGGGGCUGUGAGAAACGGCUGGAGGAGAUUCCAGAAGAUGCCCCGGGCAGGUGGCCAGGAGCGGGAGGCUGGGGGCGGCCGAGGCCGUGGCCGAGUCUUGUCCGGUCACUCAUUCAUCUCCCAAGUAUUGAGUGCCUGCUGUCUGCUGGGUGCUGGUGACCCUGCAGAACCCCCACAGAUGCGGCCUGGCCCUCGGGGAGCUCUUGUCUGAGUCAGAGGGGGAGUGGACACUGAGCUGAGCAGGGGCUACAGGUGUCCAGUCACAAGCUAGGGGGCGAGGAGG